UUCCCGCUAAAAACAACUCUCUCUCUCUCUCUCUCUCUCGACAUUUGCCCCCUUUUUCUUUUGUUUUUGGUACCAAACCAACACAUUUUAACAUCUCUGUUCUCUCUGAGUUGAGUCACAGAUUCUCAGAUUUGUAAGAGUUUGACCUCUUCGAUCUCUCAAUCAUGCCGAGCAUCAUCAGCAAUGAACUCAACGAUACCAAAUCCAUCAAGAUCAGCGACAUCAGAUCCAAUGGCGACUCCACUCUUCGGAAGCGAAGAUUGAGAUCCGAUUCGGCUGCAGAAGACGGAACAAAGUCUAAAUCUCCUCGUCGAUGCAUCAAUGGCAGCCUCAAUUGCACUGAAAAUGGAAUUAUUGAAAAAGAAUCUGGUGAUAAUAAGGUUGUCAAAUCUCGUGAAUUGCUGGUGAAAAAAUUGUCUGAUGAUUUUAUUGACAAACCAAAGUGGAAUCCAAGAGCACAUACGGUUGUGUGCAGGGAAGAUGAGAAGAAAAGGGUUUUGGAGUUCUGUAAACAAUGCAUAGAGCAAGAGAAAGCAGGGUGUUUGUAUGUGUGUGGAUGUCCAGGGACUGGGAAAUCGCUGUUGAUGGAAAGAGUUAAAGACUCUCUGGUCGAUUGGGCACAAGGGGCACUUCCGUACCUCGUCUUUCAACCCCAAGCCCUGGAACUCUGUGCCAGAAAAGUUGCAGCUGCAUCUGGAGAUAUGAGGAAAGCUCUGUGCAUCUGCAGGUUGGCCUUUUAUUGCCAUAGUUACAGCACUUAACUAGUAGCAUAUGUUGAACUUGUAUUGUAUUCAAGAUGAUUGAAAUUAGAUUGGUAGAAAAUGUGCUUAGAAGUAAUCAUCAAGAAGAUGACAGUGUCAUUGAAAUAAUGUUAAAAAAAAAGUUGACUUCUAUAGAAUUUUUUGGACUUAAUGAUUACUAUACAUGUACACCAUCUGUGUGUGAGCAAUGGGUGUAAUAAGCUUAA